AGCCUCAACACUAAUUGCGUUGUGUCCAAAUUAUUGUAGAUGGAACGAGUCAUUAAACCAUCGCUCUUGAACAAGUUAAAAAUCGAUAAAGAACACAAUGAAGCGCAAAUUAAAAAAAUAAAGAGGUUUUUUGUCAAAGGUCCAAACCAGCAAGCACACACAAACCACCCACACGGAGAAGUGUGCGGCAUUUCCAAUGGGGUCCAUCCGCUUAUAAUAGAGAAAAUCCACGAGCUUGUUGCAGCAGGUGUAACACAGUGGCAGGAAGUUAAAAAGUUACUUACCUACCAUGUGGAAAACAUAUUGUUCCAAGAUGAUAAAAGUCCAAGGCCCUCAACACUUAACCGGUCAUUUUAUCCAACCAGCACAGACAUCAUCAAUCAUAUCUACUCAGCUACCAACAAACAAAAACUUAGCAAACUGGAUCAGGUGAAUUUGCAAAAAAUGAUUGACGAAUGGACAAGCAAAAACCCCACAUCAAAGUUUCACUUACGCAUGUGUACAGUGAAGGAAGAAAGGGAAACGGCAGAGCCAAGCCAGAAACUUUUAUAUGUUCAUCAGGAACAGUGGCAACAACGUCUGAUGGUCAAAUAUGGCAACGAGAUUUCACUCAUUGAUGCUACAUACAAAACCACCAACUAUGCCCUUCCUUUCUUCUUUGUUUGUGUAAAAACCAACAACAGAUACGCAGUUGUCGGUAUUUACUGCAGUUUUGCAUCUUAUAAAAUGCGCAUGCAUACAUGUUUGUCAAAAAAUACCUAAAUAAAAUAAAAUAGAGGAAAAAUGAACAUACAUGCCCGUAUGUUUUAAAAGCAGAGAAAGG